UUAAAAUCAUCUGGAAGAGGUGCGGCGUCAACCCUGUGGCCAAACACAGUCUUCACUGGCUUUGAAGGAAAAGGCGCUUCUUCUCGAUCAACCCUGUUGCAAUCUUCCCUGGUUCCUCAUCGCUGCGUUUCUGCUAGAAAUAACCUCUUCUCAUGCGCCCUUAGCUCUUUCUUCUUCUCGCAGAAACCGCUUUUUGUUCUUUCUCUCGCAAUGGCUAACUUGAGAACCGAUUCUCCUCUCUCCCGUCGAAUCGUUCGCGCCUUCCUCGAUUUCCUCGACUCCGUUGAGCCUGCUCCAGGGGUUGAUCUUGAAGGUCUAGAGGUUGUGAGGGAAUGUUUGACGGAGGUUUUUAACAUUGAUUCAUCUCCUACGGAGGAUUGCAUACAACCUGGUUUAGUGGUUGACUUAUUUCGUUCACUUGCGGUAAAUGAGCCUCGGAAAGUCAAUUUGAGUCAUGGAGACACUCCAGCAAAUACUUUUAGCUCAUCCCAUGCCGAGAAUGCUGUUGAUGCUAGUCACUCAGAGACUUCUAGGACUCAGGGUGAUGAAUGGACACUACCAUCUCAUGCAAUGGGUGUAUCCAGAGAUGAACUCUUUGGGAAAUUCUUUGCUGCCCUUGAGAAAAUAAACUUUUUCAAGACAACACAUGAUGGGAACGAUGAUCCUAUCCAACUGGAUAAAGCAACAAGUUUGUUUCAUGAUGCUCUAAAUGAUAUGGAAAAAGCUGGAUGCCAAUCAUUUAACCAGAACAGCCUGGCAGAGACAUUGAAGUCACAAGGUAACAGGGCCAUGCAGUCAAAGAUGUACGCUGAUGCAAUUGAGUUGUAUUCUUGUGCCAUUUCGCUUAGUGAAAAUAAUGCUGUUUACUACUGUAACAGGGCAGCUGCAUAUACUCAGAUCCAGAAAAACGAUGAAGCAAUCAGAGACUGUCUUAAAUCCAUUGAAAUUGACCCAAAUUACAGUAAGGCAUACAGUCGUCUUGGACUAGCAUAUUAUGCACAAGGGAACUACAGAGAUGCUAUUGAAAAAGGAUUUAGGAAAGCAUUACUGCUAGAUCCUCAUAAUGAAUCAGUCAAAGAAAAUAUUCAGGUCGCUGAGCAAAAAUUGAAAGAAGAGCAGAAACGGGCAGGACGGGAUCAGAAUAUGAAUUCAUCCAGCCGUGAUAGUCAAGAAUUUAAUAGCCAGAUACCCAUGUUUACAUCAAUGCCAUUCAACAGUAAUGCCAUUCCUGCUGAUUUUGCGAACAUGUUGCGAAACAUGGCGACUCAAGUAUACCCAGGGGAGCACCCUCAAGGCAGGCAAGGAGAAGAUAGGAAUGUUAGUGGAUCUGGUGAACCAGAAAUAAGAGUAGGUGGAAACAUCAAUAUGAAUCUUGGAGAAAACAUUCCAGAAGAACUAAGAGGGGCAUUGAGAUCCAUGAUGGGAAUGUUCUCAGGGGCAGCACCACCAUCUCCAACCCAAGGAACUCCUCAAGAUACAAAUCCAACCGCCGGAAGAUCACCCACAAACUAAGUUGUUGCUUCCCAGUGAAAGAGUGGUAUAUUUGAAGGAGGGUGGAAGCAUUGCAGAAGGUUUUUCACCAUUGAAAUGGGAUUGGUACAGUGGGGUCUACCGAACAAUACAAACAAACAAACAAUGUGAAAACUGAAUGUUUACAAAGUUGUUCAAUAUUGCCUUUUAUCAUUUGUCACGUA